AUGACGGCCACGGGCCCUCCCACGACAGACAAAAGGACGCAAUCGGAGGACGAGCGGUCCGGACUUGGGUCGCGAGCCGCGGAAUCUUUCCUCCGGGGCAGCUCGCGCCGAUGCCUCGGAGCUCGCGGUACGGAUGCCAUGGACGACGAUGCGACGACGGGCACAUGGGCUGCACAUGAUGACGGUCGCAAUGCCAAUGCAGAAUCACCGGCAAGGGCUCGCAGAUGA